UCAAUUUUCCACUAAUUAUCAUGGCCUUCCCAAGCGGUCAAUUUGACUACGCAUCGGAUAAACGUUCGAAAAAUAUUCCUUUACUCAGAGAACGUUGGACACCGAAAGGGGCAUUAACGCGUUAACAAAGAAAUCAAACGGAAGGGGGAAAUCUAUGAUUAAGCAUAAUCCAGUUAUUCUCGGCGAGAAAUCACGCGACGAAUUGUCCACCGAAUCGGACGUCGAAGUUAGCGCUGUCAAAGUCGACGACAGCGAUUACAUUGAUUUUUCCUCGCCUUUGAGUACCACCCAAAAAUCGCAUAAGAUCGAAAGCGAAAAGAUGAUCGAUCGUUUAAUGAGAACGACCACGAAGGAUCCGUCGAAAAAGAAUCCAGGCGACCAAGGGGUCGAGUAUUCGGAUUAUUAUAGCGACGACGAAGUUCUCCAAGACAUCGCCGCGAAUAAAAUUCCAAUACAGCUGGCCGAGUCGAAAAAUCUUAACGAUCGAUUCGCACGACAAGCGAUGAAUUUUACGUCGCACCGUAGCAAUCGGAUCAAACACUUGAAACCUUACUAUCCGGAUUACAAUACUCGUGGAAGAGACCUCAGGUACAAGGACGACGGUGUCAAUUACCUUAAUAAUUUUCAGAACUAUCCGACACAUGAACGUUUCUCGAGACUAAAUCGGAACUCCCGACUCUUUGGAGCGGAUGAUCCUUUUCUCAGUUACGAGACCAAUUACGGAUCCUCGGAACAUCAAAACGAAAAUUUCGACGCACCAUAUUCGGCCAGUACGGCAGAAAUUCCGGAACACUCGCGAGUAGCCGAAGAUAAUAAUUUCGAUUCGAAUGAAUUAAACGACGAAGUUCAGCAACCUGUUGUCGAGACGCAGAAUCCAGAUCAAUUUAAUUAUUGGAAUCAAUACGAAACUCCUGAAGAAAACUUACAGAACUUAAAUCUGGACGAAUCUCAGACUCUGAACGUAAACGAACCGAUCGAACCGCAAAUUCAAAGUUUAAAUAACUACCAACAGAUAGAGACAAAUUUGCCACAGGAAGGAAACUUCGAACAGAGUAUGAUAAAUCAACCUUUAGUAGAUAACACGAGGAUUCCAGGCGCGAAAGUAGAAAAUACGGAAAUUGGUACUCCAUUUAAUUACUCUCCUCCUCAAUCGUAUAGUAAUCAAGAAAACCAGCAACAAGACCAACAAGUAGCUCUGCAAAAUUUCCCAGUACAGUCCAGAUAUAAUCUUUCGACAGUAAACGUUCCCAAUGCGAUGGACCAGCCUCUUGGAAAGGUCCUAGAAUUCCUAGGAAUUAACGUCGAUGGUGGUAAUCGCAAACAAAAUCCAAGUUUGAACGGAAAUAUUAAUCAUCAAAUAUUGCCUUAUUCCAAUGCCUACGAAAAUGGAAUACCGGAGGAACAUUUUAUAAGUCCAAGUUAUUUAAAGAAGAAACCAGGCAGAGAACAAACUAGUUUUCACGAGGAUGGCAAUACGAGAGGAUCGGAACAUCAAGCAAUUGGAUACAGAAGCAGAAGUAAGGCGGAGGAGGGAAAUUUUAUGGGGCAGUCGAAUCGAAAUGGAAUAUAUAACAAUGAUAUUUUGGCACGUCUGAACGAUGAUGAGGACCCUGGUCAUAAUACGAAUACUUCCACCGCAGUGCAUAACACGAAAGAGCUAGCCAGUGAAAUACUCAGUACCAUAAUGGACGAACUGGAGGAACUGAAAGAAGAUCGGUCGAAGAACAACAAGAGGGAAGGCUUACCUUGCCGUUUGUCAGGGUCCUGGUCAACGGCUCAGGCCGGAAUGAAACUGGAUAUGAGGGUCGUGAAUCGUACUAUAAUCGUGAGGCUUUCCGAUCUCACGUCACCGCGUUUACACGAUAGUUUGCUGAAUGGAACGUGGAACGUAUCUGGUCAUGCCCCAUUCAAACGUGGUUCGCCAUUUACCCUCAUCGCCACCAAUAAUUGUACCAAUUCCAUAGCCGUCUUUGUUGGUGCUUGCAGGGUCUGCCAGGGUAUCGAUACCAUAGCAGGUGUUUGGUCCGUAGCUCGACAACCAAAAGGUUGCAAAGACUUCCAGGUAUCCACGAGUGUCUUCAAUGAUAUUUUCCGCAAAACGAAAUUAUCCAGUUUGAAAGAGAAACAAGGCGCGAAUUCGACGGAAAAUGCGACGAUGAAGCAUAAAAAGAGGAAAAGCUAGGGGUAGUUGAACCUCCUGAAAUCCGUAUGACGCGGAAGAUCAAUGGAA